AUGCGGUGGUCUACGAUAUUUACGUUACUAGUGUCCCUAUUUCUACUGGGGGGACUGGCAGCGCCAGCAUCGGGCCCCAGUCAACGCGAUGUUAUUGCCAAUCUAGAGGCCAGACAAAAUACAGAGUCAGCAACGACGACAGAGAGUGCUGCUAGUGAAGUCCCAACUACCACAACCCGGAAAGAUGCAUCGACUACAGCGACGGAUGCUUCAACGACGGCACAAGCUACUACUACAGGCACUCGCGCCUCAACCACUACCUCCUCUAUGAAUGCUACCACGACUGGCACAGCGGCUACUGCCACAUCGACGGUGCCCUCGCUCGAUGGAGCAACUGCUUCGUCCCAGCAGCAAGCAGCGGACUCUACAAGGCCGACUUAUUCUGGUGGUCUUCCUAUUCAGCCCAAUAUUACACCCGCUUUUGGCGUUGGAGGAGUUAUACUUGUGGCGCUUGGCGCGCUUCUGGCUUUCAUUGGAGUUCGUAAACAAUGGGUCGCGAUCUUCCUCUCAACUGGGUUCCUAACUGCAUUGGGAGUUACUGUCCUAAUCAUCUACGUCAUGAGCCCGCCCGUCAGCAAUGCGGUACAAGGCGGCUAUCUAGUUGCUGUCUUCUUUACUGGAGCCGUCUUCGGUGGUCUAUCUCUCGUGUUCCGAGAAAUCUGCGAAGGUCUCGGGUGUCUUCUGGGAGGAUUCUGCCUGAGCAUGUGGUUCCUCGCAUUGAAAUCCGGCGGACUGCUUACAGAAAGCGGCCCCAAAGCUGGAAUGAUCAUUGCAUUCACUGUUGGAUUCUACUCCUUGUCGUUCAGCCACUACACACGACCUUACGGGCUGAUCGGUUGCACGUCCUUCUCUGGUGCGACAGCAUUGGUUCUUGGAAUUGAUUGCUACAGCCGUGCUGGACUGAAAGAAUUCUGGCUUUAUAUCUGGGGCUUGAACCUCAACGUGUUCCCUCUCAGAACAGAUACUUACCCUGUGACGCGUGGUAUCCGUGUUGAGCUUGCUGCAACUGUCAUUAUCGGUGUGCUAGGUGUGAUUUCCCAGGUCCGACUUUGGAAUGUCAUCAAGGAGCGGAGGGCAAAGGAGGAGAAUAUCCGCAAGGAACAGAACCGAAAGAUCGAAGAAGAAGAUGCCGAGGCUGGCCGACGCCUCGAGGAAAAGAAUAUUCAAGAGCGCGCUGAAUGGGAACUUAUUUAUGGUAACGGCAAAGCAGCCGAUGCUAAAACCGCCUCGAUUUCCGAAACCGCCGUCGACGACUCACGACGUGGCUCAGAUGGAUUCACGUCCUCUGACAAUGACAAGGAAGGCGAGAUUGAGCUCAAGGAAAUGCAAAGCCCAGAAGGAGAAGCUUCUGAUGGCGAGAAGAAUAGCAUAGGCGAAACUGGAACCCGGGAAUUGGAGGCUGUGCCCGAGGAGGAAUCUGAUCAGCCACAGGAGGGAGAUGAGACCCCGGAACAGGGUCCUAAGCCGGAACAGGGUCCUAAGCCGGAAAGUUCUGAUAGCAAAGGACCCAGACCUGCAACACCCGUUACUCAUGUUCUUGGCGAGGUCAAUGAUGAUGCCUCUGAGAACGGUGCUAUCAUCGGUUCAGAAGUUGGUACACCGCGUUCGAAACGCUUCUCUGGAAGAGAGGUGUUGAACCGGCUUUCUUGGCGCAACAGCAAUGGCGUGAUGGUCUCUUCAGAGUCUCAAGAGGCUUUGGUCGCUCACGAUGAUGCCAAUUCAUCUGUUCUGGGUGUGGCGGACGAGUUGCAUGAAGGAAGCGUCGGCUGCCCUAGUGUUGAAUCCGAUCUUCAAGCCCGCGUCGAGAUCACUGAGCGAGAAAUCGAUGCUUCGGCGGAGGCGCCAGAGAAGGAGACUGUAGCUGCCGACAUAGAGGCCAUGUCAAAUGUUGGCUCGCAGGUUGUUCAAGGCGCUGGCUUGGGUGUCCUUACAGGCGCAGUAAACCAGCAAGAUAUCGAACAGGCUAUCUCUAAACAACCGAAUGUCGAUGAGCCUGCUCCUCAAGUGAGUCCCAUCAACAGCACUGUUCUUAUCGCCGGUCCUGCGGACAAGUCUGGCAUCUCUGAAACAUCAGAGCAUCCGCUUUCGUCUGAAACCCCUGCAACGGAUGUUCAACCUGUGGUAGCUGCGUCAAACAAGGCCCAAGAAGGUAAAUUUCAGCCCACGUUGCAGCCAUCGCCAUUGGGCGAUCAAAAGGCCGAAAGUGUGAAGAGUGUAAAGGCAGCUAGCGAAAGCCGGCCUCCGACUGCUACCACAGUCAAACCUGAGCCCAUCCCCGAGCCCGUUCCAGAGCGGGUCCCCGAACCCAAGAUCGAGCCACCAAAGGUUGAGCCAAAAGUCCAGGUUAUCAAAAGAUUGGAUGCAUCCACUGUCAAGGCCCUUCCAGAACAAACUUCGAGAGUGGUCCAUUCUUACCGCACCAACGAAUGGGCUAAGCACCUCGCCGAUGCUGAAACCCCCGAGAUGGAGCCAAUCGAGUUCGAGCCUGAGCCAGAGGUGCAAGAGUCCGACGAAGCUCAUGAGACCGCAGCCUUUGUUGAUGUCGGUGGCCUUCUUCAAACACCACUCACGGCUCAACCGCCCCCAAUUGUGAACAGACCUGAAAUCCAGGAAGUGGAUAACCAGCAGGCUGCCUACAUCUCGUCAACUCCUUCUCCAGAAAUCCCCCGCUCAAAGACCCGAACCGGCGCACAUGGUCUCACCACGAAAGGGAUGCCGCCAGUACCUAUUGACCGCAACUACUCAUCAGUAUCAGUCCCCAUGUUGCGGUCAACUUCAGGUCCCACCUCACCCACCCAAGAGCAAGGGUUUACAUCAACACGCAAUGCAUCAACACCCCUGUUAACCAUCACAACCCCCAACGAGCCCAAAGAAACAGAGCCAUCCCCACGCUGGAGUGGACCACCUCCCCUACUCGCCGUCCGCGAGAACAUGGUCCGAAAUCGCAUGUCCUCAACCUCCAACCGCUUCGACCCCUGGUCAAACCGCAACCAAUCUCGCAAGUCCCUACCAGAACUUAAUACCGUCAUCUCCCCCAUCUCCCCACCCCACCCGGUCCCAGAAGAAAGGGACGAAGAACUCGAGCACGCCCAGCCCCACGACGCGGACGACAUCCCCCUAUCAAAACGCCGCACCAUGCUCCAGCGCCAAACAAUGCGUUCCCCAUCCACAACAAGCCUGCACAGCGUCGAGGCCCAACCCCCCGUCUACCCCCCGCCGGCUCCCGCCGGCGAGCUGAACAGGUCUGCUUCCAGAAUGGCGGCGUGGCGACAGUCAGUCCGCGAGGAAAUCACCCAAAAACGUGAUCCAUUGACUAUGCAAUCCCCGCCCAUCAGCCCGGUCAGUCCGGAUAGACCGCGUAACACUUGGGGCUCUGUGCAGCAGAUGCGCGAGGAUUCCUCUGCCCAGCUUGGCAAUGCUAUUGCGGAGGGGAUGCAGCGUGGGAAUAUGACGGACCUUCAUCGUCAGGCGAUGAGACCCCCACGUGGCAAACAUUCCUUAACAAUCCGUCCCGCCAAUCGCGCCCCCGUGGAGUCAGCUCCAUCGUUCGUUCGCGCCCAGCGGCGACAGUGCGUUCCGAUCUCUGGCCCGCCGUCGCUCCCAGCCAUUCUCCGCCCUCCAGCAGUCCGCCUCGCAAACCCUGUGAACCACGUCCCUCGCAUUACCCCAAUCACCCUCCCCCACCACUCAGACGAGAGCCUCCCACUAUCAGGCCAAUCCCGCGACGCCCACCCCCUCCUCAGCGUCCCGGAGCGACGGCGCAGCCGCCUCACCCCAUCCCCAACUAGCCUGAUCGUCGAGCGCAGCCACGGCGAGACAGAAAGCGGCCGCACAAGCAUCGCCCUUCCCGCCAGCCACAGGCGCAGCGAACAAUUCGAAGACAUGGCUGCCGCGUUUGCGGGCAGUGCCGCGCGGGACACAGAAAACCUGCGCCCUCCCGAGGCCGUCCACCUCACCCAGGCCGGGACUCGACAAAAUGACCGCCCCCGUCACGCCCAGUCUCAGACUUCUCUCCGCUCUCAAUCACAGAUCGCUUCCGUCCCCUCCCACACCGGCCAGCCGCCCGCUGAUGUCGCCGAGGAAUUGGCUUGGGGCCCUGCACACCCUUGUUUCCCGCAUCUCAACCCGCAUGUGCCUAUUGGGUCGCAUGAGUAUAUGACUACGCGCGUGAUUCGAAUCCGGCGAGACUGGAUGAUCAAGGGCGAUUUGGCACCGACGUUUUCAAAUCUAUACCCCGAGAUCCUGGAUCCGUUAUUGUCGGAGCAGGAGUUCCGCAGGGUCAUCUCUACGGUCAAUGAUGGGAUUAUCAAGGCGUUUGAUCCGUUCAGUUUCAGGAAUUGGUUUGACGGCGCUAUGGGGUUGUUGACUGGUUGGGUUUGGGACGAUCUUAAUGGACCUGGCACAAAGAGCCAGCUAAAGCAUGUUGAGACCUGGUUGGAGAACUGGAACCGGGAAGUUGGUGCCAAGGAUGGCGUUCAGAUCUGGAGUUUGCGUCGGACGGCGUAUAUGUCGCUUGAUAUCCAAAUUCCUGACCCUAAGGUGGGCAUCGUACCCAGCGAGGCUCCCUCUGCCACCAAUACCAGGCCGAGUACAGGCAUUGGGGCUGGGACUUGA